UGAUAUAUAAUUGGUAUAGCAACUUCAAAAUCAUGAGUAAUACUUCAUAGUAAAAUAUAGUUGGGAGAAAUGAGUAAGUUAAUGCAGGCCGAAUGUUACAUCUUUUUUUUUUUUUGCUGGAUGUACUUUAGAUUGGGUUGAUAUGAAUCAGAGACUGUGUCAGGGGUAAAAUUCCUGACCUUUCUCAGAGUGAUCGUUAAGUUUAUGUGGAAAUGAGAAAAGAACUGAAACCUAAAGCAGAUGGGAAUAACAAUGGUAAACAUUUGCAUUUGUGACCUUUCAAUCUUGGGUAUGGAGAAUUCAAAUGUUACCACGGGACGUCAAUCUUAACAUGGGAAAUAUAUAGAUUGACUUUCCGAUUAUUUGCACUUUAAUUUAAUUGCAAUUUUUCUGUAGGUCAAUACAUAGCUAAACUGUUACGGUUGCUAAAACAUGCAAUUGAAAAAAUUGAAAACAUGCAACUAAUGUAGAAUUGAAACUUCAGUGCACUUUCUGAGAUCCCUUCAUACCAGAAAUAAACCUAAGACAUGAAGAAGUAUUUUCAUGCUGCAGCGUGCCAGGUUAUUAAUUUUAAAAGUCACAUCCUCAUGCGUUUUUUUAGGGACUAGCCCUGCCUGUGCUGCCCCAUAAAGCACUAGAGGGGGAGUGUGCCUCCCCUGGCAUCCUGCUAUAAAAUCCUGGGUGUAAUUGUAGCGUACUGAUGCAGAACAGGAGUAAUCAGAUCAGUCCCGAGGCUGGGAACAAAUAGGGACACACAGCAUCAGCACUGGAUUAAAUCCCCCCCUCCACGACCCCCCUCACUGAUUGAGGUCCUGCAAGUAUGUAAACGAGAGCGAGGGAGAGAGGAAAAUCCGUGAGAGGGAGUGGGAGGAAGAAUGAACCAGAAAGGGAGGCAGCGCAGUGCGAGUGAGUGAGAGAGAGGGGAUGGGGAGGGCGUCAAAGGCAGGAAGCAAGCAACAGCCAGUGGAACAGAAAUGCAGGGAGUUUGAGGGUGAGGGUGAAAAACGGAGGCCUGCCGCCAAUGACAGGACGAACGGGAGCAAAGUGAGGUAAGAGAGAAAGAAGGGCAAGGAUCCAGAGGAAGAAAACACACCGGGAUAACAUCUGCGAGAGGAAGCAACACACCAGAGGUUGGGGGUCAGAGUGAAGAAACAUGCAAGAGAAAGUUUAAAGACAGGACAGAUGAGAAAAACAUCUCCUGGUAAUGACAAGGCCGGGACACUUAAAGAAGGGACACAUCCUCUCGAGAGUACCCUUCUUGGGCCGCAGAAUGUUCUCCGAGACAAAAGGGGUCGGAGAGACACGCUUUCAACCCGCCACUUCAAGCCAACUACAAAAUGGAAUACAAAGACCUCAAGCGGACAUCCUUGCUUAUUUUGGGACUGGGGACCACGGAACGAACACCUGUGGACCAAAGCGGCAGAAUUCCCCCCUUAAUGGAUACACUGCCAGGAAACAUUUAGCUGUUCAGGGGGGUCAUGCACAGCUAGACAUGACUGGCCAGAUUUGUCAGACCAGCGUGCAGUUGAACCGGCCUCCAGGGACGGGGCUGCAACAUAACAGCGUCUCUGUGAACUACAGCUUGAGAGAAUGCAGCUUUGUGGUCCACCGGCACCAGACCGAGCCACACCCCUUCUUGAGGAAGUGUGCUCGAGACGCGCCAACACAGUUCAGAGGUCAUGGAAACUGUGGAGUGCCUGUUUGUGCAGCUGAGCAACAAUCGGGCUCUGUGCAAGGGGCCUUGCUUAUGGAACAACAUGCAUCAGACUGGACGGACGCAAGUGACACUCACAAUUCAACCUUUAAUAAGGAUGAAGAACUUUGUACUUCUAACAGACAGGGAACUUCACGUAGAUGUCUGGGACCUGUGAUGCAAGACUCAAACGGACCUAGUCUGGCAAAUCAAGUUUUGCUGUCUACCAAAGAUGUCGACAAGACCAAUUCGAACCCCCUUAAGUGUAAAGCAAAGGUGCCCCAAGGGGAUCUCAGUGGACCUGGAAGAGGGUCUUACGCUUUCAGCUCUAAGCAGUCGGAAAGAGCUAUUCGGGACCAGAUCCAAAGAGUUGUUGUGAAUCUUGAGGAGGUUCUACAUGGCCUGAAAGAGAUACACCUGGAAAUGAAGGAGGUGGUCCAGAAGAUAGACCUUCUGACGGCCGAUAUUGAUAUGGACAAUGAAGAACCAGGGGACCCUUUAAAAGGAUGCCACUCAGGAAAGAUACAAGGAGUCUGCUCUGACAAGUCAGCCCACAAAACACCAACUCCAUCUUUGGCACCACCAGCAUAUCCCAUAAAAGAUCAAGGGCUGCAUGAUGCAGGUCAAAAACAGGAAUCAACUCAGGAGUUGGUAAUUUCUCAAAGACAUACAUCUGGGACCUCUUCAAGGCGCAGGAGCCAGAAGCCUCCACCUUACCCCUACGCCAGCACAAUGGGAAGAGUGAAUCCGAAAGCAAAAGACAAAGUUCAGAAGACGCCACCAUACCCAUUUAGACGGAGACUGCUCUCAACCAUUGUUUGAGCAGACUGUGGCUUCAGGGUACAACAUGGAGCAUUACACACUCUACAAGGUAUACCAUGUUACAGGCACCUUUGCG